UUCCUGCGUUCCUGUGGUCGGAGCAAGCGGACCGGCGUGGACGAGGAACACACACUGUUGUUUACACGUGGGAGGCGGCCGACCGGGUUGUGUAGUUGGUGGUUCCUCGCCUUUUAGUACUCCUAUAACCUCAUGGGUAAGCCUGAUUUCUCACCCCGUGGAGGUGGUGGUGGUGGAGGAGGCUUCCGUGGAGGCGGAGGCGGUGGUGGCUUCCGUGGAGGCCGAGGUGGUGGUCGUGGAGGAUUUUCACCCGGAGGUCGUGGAGGGUUUUCACCUGGGGGUCGUGGAGGAUUUUCACCAGGAGGACGUGGUGGCGGCGGUUUCCGUGGACGUGGUGGUGGAGACCGUGGCGGUGGCAGAGGGCGAGGUGGACGUGGAGGAAGAGGAGGUUUUAGGGGUGGAAAGACUGUUUUAAUUGAGCCCCAUCGUCACGAGGGAGUGUUUAUUGCUCGUGGUAAGGAGGAUGCAUUAGUCACAAAGAAUAUGGUUCCUGGGGAAAGUGUUUAUGGAGAGAAGAGAAUGAGUGUAGAGGAAGGCACCGAUAAGAUUGAGUACCGUGUGUGGAAUCCAUUCCGUUCAAAAUUGGCUGCUGCUAUUGUGGGAGGGAUUGGAAAUAUUUACAUGCCUCCUGGCUCAAAGGUUCUAUACUUGGGAGCCGCAAAUGGCACAACGGUAUCACAUGUUUCUGAUGUAGUAGGACCGGAAGGCGUUGUGUAUGCAGUGGAGUUUUCUCAUCGCUCGGGACGUGACUUAGUGAACAUGGCAAAGAAACGCACGAACAUUGUCCCCAUUGUAGAGGACGCUCGUCACCCACACAAGUAUCGUAUGAUCUGCAGUAUGGUAGAUUGUAUCUUUGCUGAUGUUGCCCAGCCUGAUCAAGCUCGUAUUGUUGCUAUCAAUGCCCAGCAUUUCUUGAAAGUAGGUGGCCAUUAUGUCAUAUCCAUCAAGGCUAAUUGCAUUGAUUCAACUGCCCCAGCUGAAGCUGUGUUUGCAGGAGAAAUCAAAAAGCUUCAAACUGACCUUCUCAAACCCCAGGAACAGCUAACUCUAGAACCAUAUGAGAGAGAUCAUGCAGUAGUAGUAGGUGUUUACAGACCACCAAAGAAAAACAAAUAGUGUGAUAUAUAGCAUAUUGGUAUGGUAUGUUUUAAUUUAAAAGCUAUGGCAAUAUAGAAAUGGCCUGUCUUCAUAUAACAUUGAAGGUAUUGUGAUUUUUAUAGGGUGGGAAAUCAUUUUGACCCUGUACGUGCACUGGGGUACACCGACUGGUAAUUGUCAGAGCAUUAUUACAAUUAUAUGGAUUUUAUCAUACAGUUGGUGCUCAUUGUACUGUCUGAAGUGCUCAUACCUGAGCAGUAUGAGACGAGCAUCCGCGUUCAUAUCUGUAUUAAUUACUAUUUGUUACAUGAAAUAAUUAUAUUAAUGUAUUUCAAUAAAAACUUUUAAUUAA